AUGGCGUCAGUUUCAGAAAUGUACGAUGUUGGCUGGGAAGAGAUGAGAGACAAGCUGCGUAAAUGGAGAGAAGAUAACUGCAGAAAUAGUGAACAAAUUGUGGAUGUUGGUGAAGAGCUCAUCUGUGAACAUGCAUCUAAACUGGGCGAUGACAUAUGGAUUAUUUAUGAGCAGGUGAUGAUCGCAGCGCUGGACUGCAGUCGGGAUGACUUGGCUCUGACCUGUCUACAGGAACUGAGGAAGCAGUUUCCAGAUAGCCACAGAGUGAAGCGAUUAUCGGGCAUGAGGCUGGAAGCUUUGGAAAGGUAUGACGACGCCAACAAGCACUACGAUGCCAUCCUUCAAGAUGACCCAACUAAUACGGCAGCGAGGAAGCGCAAGAUCUCCAUACUGAAGGCCCAGGGGAAGAGCGCCGAAGCCAUCCGGGAGCUCAAUGAGUAUUUGGAGCAGUUUGUUGGGGACCAAGAAGCGUGGCAUGAGUUGUCUGAGCUCUACAUCAACGAACAUGACUAUGGAAAAGCUGCGUUUUGUCUGGAGGAGCUGAUGAUGACCAAUCCUCACAAUCACUUGUACUGUGAGCAGUACGCUGAGGUGAAGUACACUCAGGGGGGGCUGGAAAACCUGGAGCUGUCCAGAAAGUAUUUUGCCCAGGCGCUGAGGCUGAACAACCGAAACAUGAGGGCAUUGUUUGGUCUGUACAUGUCUGCAAGCCACAUCGCUGCCAGCCCAAAGGUUAGUGCCAAGGUGAAGAAGGACAACAUGAAGUACGCCGCUUGGGCUGCCACUCAAAUAAAUAGAGCCUAUAAGCUGGCUGGUCGUGGGACCAAGGAGAACAAGUGCUCGGUGAAGGCGGUGGAGGAGAUGCUGGAGUCCAUGCAGAUCACCAUGUCCUAGAUACCCACGUCCACACCUUCCUUAAUCCCUCCCGAUGACACACACAGUCUCUUGGAGUGACAUGGCAGCUCAAAUAGCCUUGCAAUGUGACCAGAACGGGAUCUUUUUUUUUUUUUUUUAAUCCCUUCAAGUUUGAUUCUGUAAUUGAUUGAACUUGACAUGAACAAUGGAAAACAUUUGUUUUCUUCAAGUGCAAAGAUUUCCUCACCCAUCUGGAAUCUACAGCAAAAAAUUCCAAGUACCCCAACAACAUGUUUUAAAUACAGUAGUAUGAACCCAGAUUCCCUCACACUGGACUAUCAUAUCCAACCCCAGUCCAUGAUGCCUUUUAGGUUGAACUGAAAUUACUAAUACAACAUUAAGGCUAUAACCAUGUGACCAGAUGACAAACUGUACAGUUAAUGCUAUUUAUAAAGACUGUGGAGAUCCCACCUGUCCGCACUGAAGUCCCAUACUGUUUCCUUACUAUCUGUAGAUGAUCAUCUUUGUCUAAUGAAACUUUUUUGUCAAAUCUAUCUAAAUGUCUUAAUAAAAGUAGGACUGAUUGCAGAGUUGAAAAUAAUAUGUCUUCUUAUGUGUAGAGUAAGUUGUUUUUUCUUUAGAUUCCAUGUCCUCCAGCAGUGACAUGUAUUGGUAAAUUCUAACCUGUUAUAACUAUCUUGGAGAGGGUUGAGGGACAUUUGUCAUUAUGAAGGCUGCAGUGGUAACAGCAGGGGCAUAAAGAAGGGCCUCUUCUUUCCCAGUAGUUCCAGCUGGGAAAUCCUGCCUUUGAAUUACCCCAGACAGCAGCUGAACCAACUUGAGCACACUGAAGAACACCUCUGUCAUUUUAGUUUAGAGAGCCUCAGAGAAUGCUGCCAGUAAUUAACACGCCACAAGUUGGAAAGAAGGGAAAAAAAAAUCUUUUCAUGAAUCUGGGAACAUUCAUGUCAGGCAAGGAAGAAAGACAUCUUAGUGUUGUGAGAGGCAGUCCUGGUUUCCUCUGCUGUUAAAGCAGUACACUCAGUUCACUUGGUUCUGUAAAUUGUUGAAUCUGAAUCGAUCCAAAUGAACAUCUUAAGAUGUCACUCAGCCGUGCAGGGUCAGCUGUUACUUCCAUUUCUUUUGUUUAUUAAGUCACGGCAAUUGUCUCAUAAUUUCACUCUUUGACUGAUGGAAAACUUGAGUGUGGAGUUUAUGGUCUUUUUGGACAGCUUUUAAAUUUAGAGAGGUCACCAGCUCAAAGCCGGGAGUGUGGAAAGCCAUUUUCUCAAGUUUUUAAUACUCUCUGGCCUUGGUCAGUGGAUGAAUGUGUCUGCAUUUGAUUUGCCUCACCAAUCUGGCGGAACCAAUGAAAGCCAGGGGACGUUUGAGCAUAAACUGACUUGAGUUAUUUUUACAGGAAAAGGGCUGAGGCUAAAUAAAACUUUUUUUUUGAAGAGUUACAGGAUGAAGCAGAGUAAUUCAUUUUUGUUGAAGCUCCUAUGUAAAUAUUGCUGUACUUGCAAAGGUCAUCUAUAAACUUGUGAAAGGAUAAUAAAGGUGGUCUACGAGUUGGAUGGGUCAUCAUUAUGAGAUAUGGGUAUCCAGUGCCAACCAUUCUGAGGCAAUAGUGCCAUCUGUAGUCUGGAUUAA